AUGUCUUUUGCUCUUCUUAGUCUUAACCGCCAAUUGCUCUCACGAGCAUUGAGCCGUACAGGUCCAUUGGCAAUAGCCCAACAAAAAGCUACUUCAAGUACGGUAACACCAGAUGUAGCAAGUUAUCGAGCCAAAGCAGCCGAAUGGGUUGCAGAAAAUGAGAAUAAAUAUAAACGACCUGUAUCACCUCACAUACAAAUUUAUCGAUUUCCUUUUCAAGUAUGGUCAUCUGGUUUUCAUCGUUUCACAGGUGUUUUAUUAAAUAUAAUGCUUUAUACUGCUGGUCCACUUGCAUUUUUGGCUACUGGUCAUAGUGCUGAAGUUUUAAAUUAUAUCUAUGCAAUGGAUAUACCAAGUUGGUUUAUUCUUUCAGUGAAAUUAUGUAUGGCAUGGCCGUAA